UUAUCUCCCUUUAGCGUCAUUUUUUGUCGCAUCACGAGAACAAACGAAACACACCUAAGAGGAUUUCAACAUAAAUAGGAGUAUCCACCAAGCCCGGUUUUCAGGAAGCGACAGAAAAGCGAAAUUCCUGCAGUACCAGUAGAUGUUCCUGGAUACCGGUCAUGGUAUAAUGUAAAAUACUUGGAUGAUCAGGCGAUCUACACCUACAAGUUAAUGGGCAAUUACAAAACCUUGUGAUGCUAUCUGGCUGGAUUCAAGAAAGCAGUAAGAACGAUGGAUACUGAGGUGCUCAAAGACAUACCUGGGUACAAGACUAUUCUGAAAACAGUUAUCAAGUCACAGAUUCUGUUUUUGUUAGAGCAGCUGUCGUCCAACACUGGUGAGGAGUCUAUUGUUCUGACAGCCAGUGUAGAUGAUGGCUCCAUAUCGCACCUGGGCUCCAGGGCUGGCAAAGGCUUUCUAGAGGGUAGGGAGGAUAUGAAGUCACAGUUUCUCGGGCACUGCUUAAAGACCCAUCAUCAGCUGAGUCAGGAAUCCAGUGUAACAACCCCAUCCAGGCCAGGUGCCAUACGGCACAUGUCAGCGGCACGGAAUUCAAGAUACAGCCCCAUGUCACGUACUUAUACAAACUCAGUCCCUCACAAGUCAUUCAGCCCAUUUGAAGAUGCAGCCCUAAAAUUAAGUCACAGCUUGAACACUGGCGGCCAUCUCAAUAAUUUCACAUCCAUAAGUGAUAGGGUGCAACUGGAGAACAAUAUCGAGUAUGGAAACCCAGAAAACUCCUAUGGGUCUGAGGACUGUGAACCCAGAAAUGUUUCUCCUAAAAGUGAUGACACAGACACUCAAUAUUCCCAGUCAAUAUCUGGUGCCAGUGUGAAGAGAGAACCCCCCGACCAUGAAGACUGUUAUGAGGUUCAUGAACGGGAGAGUAGCAGUAUAAAGACUGGAGACAGUUACCGUGAGGUUGCCAAUAGCAGCCAACAGUUGGUGGAUUUCAGCAGCUCCAACCUCAGUGGCCAAAACUCAAUGCUCCUCCAACUGCAAAAUCAUUCACCUGGCCGCUCCAAGCACACAUGCGUCAUGUGCCAGCAUGAGUUCCGCACGAAACAGAACCUCCAGAAGCACCUGCUCAUUCACACUGGACAGAGACCGUUCAAGUGUCCUCAAUGUGACAAGUCCUUCAGGCAGAAACACCAUGUGGAGGGCCACAUAUUACGGUACCAUCUGCAGUCCGUGGUAUAGCACAACUUCUUCAGGCAGAAACACCAUGUGGUGGGCCACAUAUCACGGUACCAUCUGCAGUCCGUGGUAUAGCACAACUCUUCAGGUAGAAACACAGUGUGGUGGGCCAAAUGAUAUGGUACCAUCUACAGUCCAUGGCAUAGCAGGCGGCGUUAUGUGACAAGUUCUUCAGGCAGAAUCACCGGAUGGAGGGCCACAUGAUACGGUACCAUCUCCAGUCCAUGGCAUAGUGGGUGGCCCAAUGUGACAAUUUCUUCAGGCAGAAUCACCAUGUGGAGGGUCACAUGAUACGGUACCAUCUCCAGUCAGUGGGAUUGAGCAGGGCCUAAUCUGCAGUGGGUGAUAUAGCAGUAUAGCAGCAUUAUUUACGUUCAGGAAUGUGGCAGAACAAACAUUCAUCGACAGUCAGUAACCUAGAACAACCACUUCAUUGACAGUCAUAGAUCAGUAAUGUAGUACAGAGUAAAUCUGCAUUCGCUUA